AAAUGGAGGGAAGGGAACACGAUGUGCUCACUGUUUAGAUAUCUCUUUGUGAAUAAAACCCAUGUCCCUUGGUUUUUCUUCUUGUUUUGCUCCGUUAGUUCUGUCCUCUGGCCAAACUGACUGCUAGACACCGUGAGACCAGAGAGAUUAUUAGCCUCAGUUCCCAUAGCAUCCACCUGUUGAAUUAGGCUACAGCAGCUCCACAUCACUGGAAGGCUCAGAUGGAAUGAAAAGUUAGAACGCUUUGAAAAGCCUUCCCUCUUGAAAGGUGAUUGGUUUCUGUAAAGCAUCUGCAAAACAGAGGAGGGUUCCUGAGGACCAUAAAACCUGAGAAAAUUAAUACGAUCAGUUCAUGCAAGGUGAGAGUGGCAUCAUCCCCUUGAUUCUCAGCUCCGCACGAGGAAGUUUGUUUGCCAGGAAAGAUAAGAGAGCACAGGAUGGCUCCAGAGGUCUGAUCUCCACAAUCUGAAGAAGAGAGGAAGAGUCACCCAUCCUCAGAACACACUCAAAGACACAGCCUUGACCAGAGGAGACCCUAUAAGAGCAGCCCUGGUAACUAACAGCACUGAGGUGUCUAACCGCCCCCGCUGUGGCGUCCCUGACUACCCCAUGCUGAAAGAUGUCCUCUACAGGGGGAAACACAGGCAGAAACGCUUUGUCCUGUUCGGGGGGCGCUUGGAGAAGACUGACCUCGCCUACAAAGUGGUUCGCUUCCCCUGGCAGAUGAGUGAGGACAAGGUGCGGCGUGUCCUGCAGGAAGCACUGAGAGUGUGGAGUGAGGUCACACCCCUCACCUUCACUGAGGUCAGGAGUGGAAAGGCUGACAUUGUCAUUGACUUCACCAGGUACUGGCAUGGAGAUAACCUACCCUUUGACGGGCCUGGGGGCAUUCUAGCCCAUGCCUUUUUCCCCAAGACCCACAGGGAGGGCGACAUCCAUUUUGACUAUGAUGAAGCAUGGACACUUGGCAACUACAUGGGCACAGACCUCCUCCAAGUGGCUGCUCAUGAGUUUGGGCAUGUUCUGGGCCUGCAGCACUCCCGGGAACCGGGUGCAGUGAUGUCCUCUUAUUACAGCUUCUCCUAUCCCCUGGAGCUGAGCGAGGAUGACAAGCUGGGGAUCCAAUACCUGUACGGCCAUCGUCCACAUAUCCCGCCCCCACCUCCACUAUCACCACAAAUCACCAAAGAGACCAAUGAGAUCAUUAGUAGUAUUCCUGACGUCUGCCAGACAGACUUUGAUGCUGUGUCUAUGAUCCGCGGGGAGCUGUUCUUCUUUAAAUCAAGCUAUGUGUGGCGCUUUCGGGAGGGGCGGCUGGAGGCGGGCUACCCCGCGCUGGCGUCCCGCCAUUGGAGGGGGAUUCCAGAGAGCAUUGAUGCUGCCUUUGAAGACCAAUCAGGGAGUAUCUGGUUCUUUCAAGGUCAAAGCUACUGGGUGUUUGAUGCAGAGAGACAGAUCACAGGGCCAGAACCUGUGCGGAGGCUCGGCCUGUCAGUCUCCCACAUCCAGGCAGCCCUGCUCUGGGGCCAGGACAGCAGUUACAACACCUACUUCUUCAAAUCAGGCAGCUACUGGAGGUUCAGCCCCAAGGAGAACCGCGUCCACUCUGUCUACCCUCGCAACAUGCAGGACUGGAGCGGCAUCCCCAGUGAUGUUGACGCAGCCUUCAAGGACCAAUACGGCUAUGCCCACCUUAUCCGAGGGAGGCAGUACUGGAAGUUUGAUCCUGUGGAGAUGAAUUUACUACAGGGGUAUCCUCGCUAUAUUGGAAUGGACUUCUUUGGUUGCCUAAAUGCAUGAAUAAUCAGUAUUAAGUGAUGCUGCUGUCUCAAGAUCAAACCCAAGUCCAAGUUUAGUCCAACUAUGCUCUCGUACUUAUGGUCUUUUCAAAUACAACAUUGUAAUGUUGUGCAUUUUUGGGAACAAGACCAUUGCAUCUACAGAGGCUUCUUCAUCUUCUUCCAAAUGUUGAAGAAACAAACUAUUUAGAGAAAGACUUCAUUUCUUUACUUAAGUGAGUUCCAAAAAAAUUGUGUUCUUCCUCAAAUAUGUUUUUGUUUAAUCAUGAUCUUAACACUUUGAAUGGACUAGAUCCUUUUUUCUUCUCAGGGAAACACAAA